AUGGGUAAUUCUCAAAGUACCUAUCGCAUUCAACCAACCGUAGCAACGAAUUAUUCAAAACUUCCAUGGACAUAUGAGUAUAAUUUAACAUCACAAGAUGUCACUAGAUUUGGUCAUGCUGCUGGUAUUAAUGGUGAUUUUAUGGUAUGUCUUACUACAAAUGGUAACGUUCGUUGGACACUUUUUAUCGAACCUGUGGAAGACAUGGAUCCUAUUGGUUUAUCUAAUAUUAUUGUUGAUCGACAGGGACAACUUUUCUAUACUAUCUCCUGGUCAGGUGAUACAAUCUAUACCGCAAAAAUCUGUCGUGUCACACAGGCUCAAACAUCACAUCCUGUUCAAGAGUGUGUAGAAGAUUAUCAGGUAUUUGCAUAUGUCACUUCAUCACUGGCACUAGAUGACAAAUAUGAUCUCCUAGUAGCAGCAGUCAGUGAUAACGAAAUUGAAACUGUACCAGCUGUUUUGGAUAAAAAAACAUUAAAGUUAGUGUGGAUAAAUAGACAUUAUUUUGGUGCUAGCAUGGAUGGACAAUAUCGAUGUGAUACGAAUACAGGCGAUAUACUCUGGCUAGGCGGUGAUUGGCGACUUAUAAAAUUUGAUCAUAAUGGAAAGAAUUUAUUAAACAAUUAUACAACACCCAGUGCUGGUGGUUAUGACUUUGUUUUAGACAGACAACAUCAAAUAAUUGUACAACCAUGGCAAAACGGAUCUAGUUUACCGUGGAAACUUCUUGUUUCAUCAUAUGAUGUAUCCGCGCAACAAAUAAAAGAACGAUGGCGUUGGGAAGCACCUUCAUUAAUUGCUGACAAUGAUGAUAUAACAUCCCCUAGUAUAGAUGAGAAUGGUACGGUUUAUAUGUCAAGUAUGCCUCUAGUAUUCGCUAUUGAUACUCAAGGAAAAGUGAUGUGGACAACUCGAUUAGCAACAUCAAGUGAAAUGGAAACAUAUGAUUUAACUUCUUCUUAUCUUGGAAUGAAUACAAAACGACGUGUUCUUUACGUUGUGACUUGUUCGACAUAUUCUCAAAAGUCAAAGUUUCUUUAUUUUAUCACUGCAGUUAAUAUGGACACUGGCAAGGUGAUUAAACGCAUUAAUUUGAAUCUAGGAACCGAUAAACAAAUCAGUCCGCAAAGUCUAAUUUUAGUUGGUAACGAAAUGCUUUACUUUUCUUGGUUAACGGGACAAUAUCCAGAAUCGGUACCAUUCAAAGUAAUAGGUAUUCAACAAGUCUAA